AUGGCGGGUCAAUCUAAGCCUGUUCGCCUCUCCCCAUGGGGAAGUGCCGUUGCGGGCGCAACGGGAGCCGUUCUCGCAAAUGCACUGGUGUACCCUCUGGAUCUGGUGAAGACAAAGCUGCAGGUUCAAGUAAAACAAACGAAGACCGCGGACGGACCGACCGACACGGAACACUAUGACGGCACCGUGGACGCUCUCACCAAAAUUGUCGAGAAAGAGGGCCUCACGGGUCUGUACUCGGGGAUUGCGGGCUCACUCCUCGGAGUUGCGUCAACAAACUUUGCAUACUUUUACUGGUACAGCGUUGUGCGUACCCUGUAUAUGGCUUCAAAAAAGAGCUCCGCAAACCCCGGAACCGCGGUUGAAUUGUCUCUUGGGGCGGUCGCCGGAGCCGUUGCACAGGUCUUCACAAUCCCCGUUGCGGUGAUCACCACCCGGCAGCAAACUCAGCCGAAAGACGAGAGAAAGGGAUUAAUCGAGACCGGUCGGGAAGUUGUCGAUAGUGAGGACGGCUGGUCCGGCCUCUGGCGCGGCCUCAAGGCCAGUCUCAUUUUGGUUGUGAACCCUGCGAUCACGUAUGGUGCCUAUCAGCGCCUGAAGGAGGUCAUUUUCCCCGGCAAGAAUAACUUGAAGCCAUGGGAGGCUUUCAUUCUCGGUGCCAUGUCCAAGGCCCUGGCAACCAUUGCGACUCAGCCUCUGAUUGUUGCCAAGGUUGGUCUGCAGUCUCGCCCUCCAGCAGCCCGCCAAGGCAAGCCUUUCAAGUCUUUCGGGGAAGUGAUGCGAUACAUUAUUGAGCAUGAAGGUGUUCUUUCCCUCUUCAAGGGUAUUGGUCCCCAAAUCUUGAAGGGUCUGCUGGUUCAAGGUCUCCUGAUGAUGACCAAGGAGAGAAUGGAGCUUCUCUUUGUUCUUUUGUUUGCCUAUCUCCAGCGAAUCAGGAAAGAGAAGCUGCAAAAGGCAAUUGACACCGCGGCGGCCAAGGCGAAAACCAGCAUGCCGGCGACUCUCAAUUGGUUUGGAGUGGGUCAGCCUGGACUGCACGUAUCCGCGGCUGCCAGCCACCGAUCAAGCACGGUGCUAUGUUUGGAGCUCUCUGCUUCGUUUCCACCACCUAAGCUUGGCUUAACCUCGACCCUUCUCACCCGUCUCUCUUCGCCAUUCUGCCGACCAGCAGGUCUAUGGGCAGACAUGCGAUGGCCACCAUGGAGUUCCGAAUCCAAUAGCGACAGCAAGCCCGAUCGAGACAGCAUCGUCUCGAGGAUCUCGAGCAUCUCAAGCGCGUCAUCCGACCCCACAUCCGCAACAAACAAUGCCGGCUCGCCCUUGGACUGGACGGCCUUUACAGAGUCCAGGACAAUCAUCUCAAGUCUCCUUCUGACCAGCGGAAUCUUACUUGCGGUGCGCUUUCACCGCAAGUACUUGCGACGCAUUCCUGAUGCGCCUAGCAUCUCACCGUCAUUUCUGCGUCGUCGGUCCAUUUUUGGCAAAGUCACCAGUGUAGGCGACGGUGAUAAUUUCCGCAUAUUUCACACUCCCGGAGGGCGCCUCGCUGGAUGGGGCUGGCUACCGUGGAAGAGGAUACCCACCAGUAAGAAGGAAUUGAGAGACAACACUAUUCACAUUCGGUUAGCGGGUAUCGAUGCCCCCGAGCUGGCGCAUUUCGGCCGACCCGAGCAACCCUUUGCGCGUGAAGCCCACCAGUGGCUCACUUCAUACCUCCAGGGCCGACGUGUGCGAGCUUCCGUCUAUCGCCAGGAUCAGUACAGUCGCGUGGUGGCGAGUGUCCAUGUGCGACGGGCUUUUGAUUUCCCACCUUUCCGCCAGCGGGAUGUCUCAUAUGAAAUGCUGAAGCGUGGACUGGCCACGAUAUACGAAGCAAAAGUCGGCGCCGAGUUUGGAGGCGAGAAGUUGGAGCAGAAAUAUCGCCGUGCGGAAUGGUGGGCAAAGGCACGGUCCAAGGGUCUCUGGAAGGACUAUCGUCAUAUAGGGUCGAAUUGGGAGAGUCCUCGAGAGUACAAGAAGCGGAUGGGGAUGGGUGAGCCAUCUGACGCUGGUGGAAAACCUACUUGA